AGUUGACGUCGCUGUGCCGCCGUUGCGUGACGCAUUUCCUGUUUGUUGUUGGAGAAAGGAGAGAAAGGAAAGCGCGAGGAGGCGCCGCCACUACCAGCGCAGCAGUCCUGGAGCUGUGAGGAGAUUCGGGCGGUCACCCUGCCUCCCCUGCGUCCCGCCACCGGCCGCUUCCGUCCUCGGACCCAUUCCAACAAUCUCUUAAAACAUGGUGGAUUACUAUGAAGUUCUAGGCGUGCAGAGACAUGCCUCACCUGAGGAUAUUAAAAAGGCAUAUCGAAAACUGGCACUGAAGUGGCAUCCAGAUAAAAAUCCCGAGAAUAAAGAAGAAGCAGAGAGAAAAUUCAAGCAAGUAGCGGAGGCAUAUGAAGUGCUGUCGGAUGCUAAGAAACGGGACAUCUAUGACAAAUACGGCAAAGAAGGAUUAAAUGGUGGAGGAGGAGGUGGAAGUCAUUUUGACAGUCCAUUUGAAUUUGGCUUCACAUUCCGUAACCCAGAUGAUGUCUUCAGGGAAUUUUUUGGUGGAAGGGACCCAUUUUCAUUUGACUUCUUUGGACAGUGGGGGACGGUAAGGUCUGUUUGCAAAGUACCUAUGACCAUCUUACGAUUAUUUUUAUGGGCAGGGGGCGUUGACUGUGGAAUGUGGGCAGUAACUUGCACAGUCAGUAACCGUUUGAGUAACUUCUUGUUGGCAUCCCCGUUCUGGCACUCCUCCUCUAGGUCUCCACCUCACAUGCCGGCUUGUGGGCGGAGGGGCGAGUUGGCCUGCGGGGUGUCCGGGCACUGGCUAUGCAUGCCUUCUUCCUCUUCUAUCUCUUGGCCACCUUUUCCAAAAAGUCACCAGUGACCACUUCUCCCAAUGUUUGUUUCUUUGGGAUUCAGUGUCUUGGGCUUGGCAUUGGGUAAAGCCGACUGGCCAGUUUCAUUCUGACGAGCUCUGUAGUAGUCCGGUGUGGACCUCUGCCCUCCCUGCUCUGCGGAAGCUUCCUCAGCCUUUGCUCCUCACUAUUUACUAUUUGCGGGUCCUGGGGGUACCCAGCGUCUCAGGGUUUUGGCUGCCCACCUGUACCAUCGGUCCUUUCAGAGUGUGGUCAGAGUCAACCUCAGGUGCUGCUUUUCUCUAGUCACUGAAUUUUUUUUAGUAGAAACAAAGUCUUGCUAUGUUGUCCAGCCUGGAUUCAAACUCCUGAGCUCAAGGAAUCCUCCCACUCAGCCUCCAGAGUAGCUGGAUCAAGACACUCUUGUUCAUAACCUCAGUUGCUUCAUGAAUCUCGAUUUCUGCUUGAUUUCAGUGCUUGCUGUUGUAUCCUUGUGUGCUGCCGUAUUUAUUGUUAACAUUUGUGACUCAAAUGUAUCCACUGCCUGCUUUGGUCGCUCUGCCCUGCAAGUAGGCCGUACUAAUUCCCUAGUUGGUCCUGGCUUGCCUUUGUCUUUACCUUGCGUGCAUUUAUGUCUUAAUGCAUCUAUUAGGAUUCCUUGCUUUUAUCACAGGUUUCUCAUUUUUCUGAAAAAAUUACAGUAAUUACUAACGCAGAACCCAGGUAAAUUAAAAAGGUUUGUAUACUUUAUGAAUUUUUAGUAAGUACUCGUUGAUUGUUAAUAGCAACGGAGGAAAACAAAACAGUCAGUUAUGAUCUUGAUUUCCAGGAGCACUUUGUGUUUCCACUUGGCAGCGUGAUGCUUCCUCACCUUGGUGAUGUUCUGUUGAGACACGCUCAAGCGUAAUCUUACGUCUGCUUGUUAACAUUUGUUCAGAUUUGAUUUCAGCUAAUCCUUAAAAGUUUUUUGAGACAUUAAACUUAGAAUAAAAGGAAUUUCCUUUGCCGAAGUUCAUCAGGUAUUUACACUUAGCUUACAUGGCCACACCGUUCCUUCUGUGUGUGUGUUUGUGUGUGUGCGUGUUAGGGUAAUCCAUUUUUCUGUUUCUGAAUUGCUUUGGAGAAGGCAACUCAGACUCCAAGGAAUACAACAGCCGCUGUGUGAAGGUUUUCUUACUUUUCCAGUGGUCGCAGCAGGAACAGCGUCUAACAGGACCUCAAAUCAGUGAUGUGAAAAGAGCUGAGUUUGAAGUGCAUAUUGGUGCUCCAUAAAGAAUGUGUAUAUGUGCUGUUUUUUUAAUUAAGUCUGGUAGUUUAUUUGAUAUAAUGUAUUGUAGUUUUAGUUGAAUUAAACUAGUUAGUAAAACUGUUGGUGAGGUAGUAUUUCAGUUACCCUGUAGAUAAGCUCUUUUGUUACAAUCUCUUAAGUUUUUUGUCCCUGAAUAUGUUACAAACAUCUAUUUUCUCUUACUGUAGCUAUCACAUGAGGAAAAAAACUUGAAAAAAAGACUUCAUAGUGUGUGUUUAUGUUUGAUUUUAGAAGACCCUUUUGAGGACUUCUUUGGGAAUCGAAGGGGUCCCAGAGGAAGCAGAAGCCGAGGGACGGGGUCAUUUUUCUCCGCGUUCAGUGGAUUUCCGUCUUUUGGAAGUGGAUUUUCU